GCGAUUGCCCCAACCAUUAUAAGAUGCCCAAAAAUGGCUUUUGACGCAGGUGUCUUCACCUUCGCAUCCACUUCAUGGAUCUGCUUCAACUCCCUUCCGUACCCAUCUUCCUCUGCUCCCUCCUCUUCUUCCUCGUCUUGACGAAGAAAUGUCUCGCCAAGUACAAAGGCCCAAACACCAGACUUCCCCCCGGCCCGUGGAAUCUGCCUCUCAUCGGAGGCAUGCACCACCUGGUCGGGCAACUGCCCUUCCGCGCACUUCGCCACCUCGCUCGCAAGCACGGCCCCCUCAUGCUCGUUAGGAUCGGCCAGGUGGACGUUGCGGUCGCCUCCUCACGCGAAGCCGCCGAGGAGAUCUUACAGAAACAUGGUGACAACUUCGCUUCCCGUCCCGCGCUCGCCGCAUCGCAGAUCGUUCUCUAUGGCGCCUCCGACAUCGCCUGGUCCCCCUUCGGCCCUUACUGGAAACAGAUGCGCCGGAUCUGCUUCACGGAGCAGCUCGGCGGCAAGCGCACCCGAUUCUUCUCCUCCAUCAGGAUGGAACUGACCCAUGAACUGAUGAGAGACAUCUCCAAGUCGGAAACAGCUCCCGUCAACCUGAGCGACAAGCUGUUCCGUCUUGCCAACGCCAUCAUCUGCCGUGCGGCGUUCGGUAAACACCGUGAGCAUCGAGAGUGUUUCGUCUCGAUCGUCAAGGAUACGUACCAAGUCCUCGGAGGUUUCUGCUUGGCCGACACGUUUCCGUCGCUCAAGUUCCUUGACGUCCUCACCGGUGUCAUGUCACACAUGCACAGGCUUCAUCAUCAGAUUGAUGAGGUCCUAGACGAGAUUCUCAAGGAGCACCGGGAUGAUGCCGUCACGGGCAACGAUGGUGGGCGAGUGGAGGACUUGGUCGACGUGCUGCUGAGGCUUAAGGACGAUCCGCAGCUGGAAAUUCCCUUGACGAUGGACAAUAUAAAGGCUGCGAUAUUGGACAUGUUCGUGGCGGGCACCGAGACCUCAUCGACCGUCGUUGAAUGGGCCAUGUCGGAGCUGAUCAGGCACCCCUGGAUCAUGGAGAGAGCGCACAAGGAAGUGAGGGAAGCUCUGAAAGGAAAGAACAGGGUCGAAGAGAGUGACAUGGAUAAGCUAAACUACAUGAAGCUAAUUAUCAAAGAGACGCUAAGGCUUCACCCAUCAGUCUCGCUGUUACCAAGAUUAUGCAGGGAGACCUGCGAAGUGAUGGGCUACAAGAUAGAAGCCGGCACUCGCGUCUUCGUCAAUGCAUGGGCGAUAUGCAGGGAUCCGCAGUACUGGGACGACGCCGAGAGCUUCAAGCCGGAGAGGUUCGAAGGGAGUUCCAUAGAUUUCAAGGGAUUCGACUUCGAGUACUUGCCGUUCGGAGCUGGCAGAAGGAUCUGCCCGGCGAUCGACUUCGGGCUGACCGUGGUGGAGCUUGCCCUGGCUAAUCUCCUCUUCCACUUCGACUGGAAGAUGCCCAAUGGAAUGAAACCCGAGGAGCUCGACAUGCGUGAGAAGAUGGCACUCGUUGUACCAAGGCAAACCGAGCUAAAGUUGCUGGCUACUUCAAGAAUUCCUGUCCCCGCUACUAUCUGAAAGUUGGCAGGAAUCAGAUGAUUAGUGCGUGAAAAGUACGUGUGCUGGUAUUCGUAUGUUUCUUUGGCUUUGCUGCUGAUCCAUUUAAUGAAAACUUGGUGACGUAUGUAUAAUAUUUACGUGGUAAUGGUUUAAGUUUGUGAGUUCU